AUCACGUGCCAGAAGUUCAUUAAGUGGAUACAUAAAAGUGAAGUACGCCGCCAACAAUUAGGGUAUUCUACAUUAGACUUUCACGAAGAAACCUACACUUUCCGACUUCGAGCAUUCCCGCUUGUACGACAUUUAUCCUCAAACAUGGACGAUUUAACAAAGGACCAAAUUGCGCUGCUCAAAAAAGCUUUCGAUGCAUUCGACCAUGAAAAGAAAGGAUGUAUCGGAACAGAUAUGGUAGGAACUAUUUUAACUAUGCUGGGAUACGAGCUAAGUGAGUCUACCCUGGCAGAAAUUAUUGCUGAAGUUGAUGAAGAUGGUUCUGGUGAAUUGGAGUUUGAAGAAUUCUGCACAUUGGCGGCCAGAUUUUUAGUUGAAGAAGAUACGGAGGCAAUGCAGCAAGAAUUAAGAGAAGCCUUUCGCUUAUACGACAAAGAAGGCAACGGUUACAUAACUACAGAUGUAUUCCGUGAUAUCCUCCAUGAAUUGGAUGACAAACUCUCGCCAGAAGAACUUGAUCAGAUGAUUGAAGAAAUUGAUGCUGAUGGCUCCGGGACUCUUGAUUUCGAUGAAUUUAUGGAGGUCAUGGCGGGUGGCGAUGAUUAAAGAGAGCUGAUGAUCUAGCAAAUCCAUGGAAUUAUAUUUAGCCUAUAGAGAGCGAAGGUAAUAAGAAGAGUCUACUAUAUACAUGAAAAUAAUCAAUAUCAUGUUAAAGAAAGACAAACUUUAUGGAAAAAAUGUUGAUUAGCGGUUUUUAUAAGUUUCUACUGCGCUUAUACUGAUAACCUCUCGUAUAACAAAAAGUUCGAUUUUUAUCUCUAAAAAAGAUCUUCAAAAACUUAUCUGCACCAAAAACUAUUCUACCAUCGAAAAGAACAUUAUUACACAAUUUGAAAAAUAAAUUUCUUAUUAAUUUGCAUUACAAACUUUGUUCAAUAUUUAGGCUUUAUUUCAGUGAUCCAGUAAUUUAAGAUAUGUCUCUGUAAAAACAAACUAAAAACAUUUGUAAAGGAAAGUAAAGGAAUAACAUUUUAAUGAUAGUUGAAGAUGAUAAUCAUUCACUAGCAACAUGAUUAGUUUUCGGCGCGCUUGUUGUUUCUUUUCUUCGAAGCAAAAUAGCUUUAAAAACAAAAUUAUUACACGGCCAAGCUUUGGAUGAGGGGUGUUUCUGAUAAAAUUAUACGAAUAGUUCUUGCUCAUGGGCUCGAUUAAGUUAAUCAUAUAGAUGUUAAGGAAUACCU